AAAAUCCCCUUCUCUUUCCUGGAUUUAUAUUUACUGAUGAGCUAUACUGCAUUACUUUUAUUCGCAAAGUUUUCAUUACUUUUACUCUAUUUCAGUUUUGGUAUUGUAGAAUUUGAGGAUUUCUGUUUAUUCUCAGCCUGAAAAAAUGGUGGAAUUGGAUGAGAGCAAGUUUGAUAUGCACCUGAAGCUGUUGGCGCUUCGAAUUCCGCGCCAACAUUGCAAAAUCGCCACUCGAAUAUUCAACGGAUAUAUGAUUAACAGGCCACGCAUAAAGCCUAUCGCAGAAGAUCCUACAAGUGAAAAGAACCGCUACGUAAUUUUAUCUGAAAACAUCCAGAAUCCAGAUUUAUCAGAAGUUCCAGCUCAAAAGCUUGCUGAACUGAAAGGUCUUUGCGAGGUUGAAGUAGUUCCUUAUUCACUGACAUUGGGGUAUUCCUAUUGGAGUGCAGACCAUAUACUAAAACAGAUUCUGCCUCCUGGACUUGAAGUUCCAUCAUCCUUUGAGACAAUAGGUCAUAUUGCUCAUUUGAACAUAACCGAUGAGCUUCUUCCGUACAAGGAUGUCAUUGCAAAAGUCAUCUACGAUAAAAAUUACCCCAGAAUUCAGACAAUUGUGAAUAAAGUUGGAAGCAUCACAAAUGAAUUUCGAGUUCCAAAAUUUGAAGUAUUAGCUGGGAAAGAUGAUAUGGUAACAGAGGUAAAGCAAUAUGGAUCAAAUUUCAAGCUUGAUUAUCGCUUGGUUUAUUGGAAUUCAAGACUGGAACAUGAACACCUAAGACUGGUCUCACAGUUCAAGUCAGGAGAGACAAUAUGUGACAUGUUUGCUGGUAUUGGUCCAUUUGCUAUUCCAGCAGCACAGAAAGGUUGUAGAGUGUAUGCAAAUGAUUUAAACCCAGAUAGCGUCCAGUAUCUGAAAAUCAAUGCUGAAAUCAACAAGGUCAAUGAUCUAGUCUUUGCAUAUAAUAUGGAUGCAAGGAAAUUUGUAUCUCUACUGAUGGCUAUACCUUCUAAUGAAGGAAAUUUUGAAUCUGAUGUUCAACUGAAUUCAUCUAGGCCAUUUGAUAACCAAGCAAAUGGAGGACUAAUGUCUGGAGAGACAACUGUGUCAGAUGAGAUGAAAGAAAUGCCAGAUAAAAUUUCAAGGAAUACUGAGAGUGUUGAUGGUCAUGAAGGCUCAUCUGUUACGGUAGAUGUGAAUGUAACGCCAUUUGAUAACCAAGCAAAUGGAGGACUAAUGUCUGGAGAGACAACUGUAUCAGAUGAGAUGAAAGAAAUGCCAGAUAAAAUUUCAAGGAAUACUGAGAGUGUUGAUGGUCAUGAAGGCUCAUCUGUUACGGUAGAUGUGAAUGUAACGCCAUUUGAUAACCAAGCAAAUGGAGGACUAAUGUCUGGAGAGACAACUGUAUCAGAUGAGAUGAAAGAGAUGCCAGAAAAAAUUUCAAGGAAUACUGAGAGUGUUGAUGGUCAUGAAGGCUCAUCUGUUACGGUAGAUGUGAAUGUAACAGCUGCUAAAAGAUGUUCUGAGACUUCUCUAGAAGGAAAUGAUACUGUUGAUGGUAGCAGUGCUUCUCUGAAUGGUGCAAGAAAGAGAAGGUUGAACAAGAGGAUGAGAAUUUCUGAGCCAUCGGAUGCAAAUCCCUGGGAGCAUGUAGAUCAUGUUAUAAUGAACCUACCAGCCUCUGCCCUGCAAUUUCUUGAUGCAUUUAGAGGCCUUAUUGAAAGGAGAUAUUGGAAGGGCUCUUUGCCUUGGAUUCACUGCUAUUGUUUCAUGCGCUCAACUGAGACAAAGGAAUAUGUAAUUUCCGAAGCAGAGACUGCCUUGAAUGCUAAAAUAUCGGACCCAAUAUUUCACAGGGUUAGAGAUGUUGCUCCAAACAAGGCGAUGUUUUGUUUAAGCUUUAGAUUACCCAAGGAAACUUGUAAAGAUCACGAAGUUGACCAUAGCACUCUUCAUUCCUCUGGAGAAUCUUGAGCAGCCCCUGAAGGUCAUGUUUAGAUUCCUGGAUAUCCUCUAGUUGGAAGAAUUGGCUCUUUGUGUUUUCCUAUAUUGAAAAGACAGUGCAGCAGAGGAGAUGCUCAAACAAUUGACAAAAGGAAUGCAUCUCAGAUGAUGUCUGCUGUCAAUCAGGCAUUUCGCUCACUCAAGUGGAAACUAGUUAGUCUUAACUCAGAACAAAAUUCAUAAAGAGGCAUUCAUUUUCUUCUUUCUUUGAACGAAACUCGAAACUCCAUGUAGCUAGCUUUAUUUUCAGAUUAGCAAUGAAGUUUAUAUUUAUUGUCUUA